AUGUCGUCGCCCCGGUGGACGAUCCGAGAUGUUCUGGCCGUGGUCCUCAGCGUCGUGUGCUUCGCCGUCGCGUGGUUCGUCUCUUUAGGACCAAACCUGUUUGUCUACCGCUUUCCGGACAGGGAGUAUGCGCUGGAACAGCUCUCGAAGAACAAGGCGCUGGAUGUGGUUCGGCCCUCACGUCUUCUCGGCGAUCCUGUGGUGGAACCUUUCCUGGGUGCAGCUCAUCAAGUGGAUUCGGGCAGAGCAUCUGUGGAUCCAUCGCUGGAAUGGCAGGCUCCAGGCGACCUGCAUGCUGGGCCAGAUCAUCACUGGCAUCGGCCUGGCAAGCGGCUCCCCCACACCCGGCAUCAAAAUGGUCAGCACUGCUUAUGCCCUGGCCAUGGCCUAUGUCCUCGCGCAGACCAUCUACUAUGUGAGGACAUCGUCCGGCACAAGUACUGGGCCACAAAACUUUUCGGCUACUCCCAGGCAAUUGCCCUGCAACGGAUUUAUUUUUUCGCCUUGGUCGCGCUGACGCUCCUCGACGACGAUAACUCGCCAUACAACGCGAUCACGCCUUCCUCGCCCCUUGCUCAGCGCAAUGCCGAGGCCAAGGAGAUCUUCAAUGACGCCUUCACGAUGUGCAUCUUUACGGCCAUCGUCUUGACAGAGUGGUACCAGGCAGCUGACCUCGAUGAGCUUCUGGAGUAUCGGGCCAAGGAAGCCAAGAUCAAGAGCGGCCUCCCUUCGCUGGAGCAGCCCUUGGUGCGGUGA